AUGCCUGCCCCAACGUACAUUAUCUCUCGGGUCGGAGACCCCAUCUUUGCCGUCCUGAUCGGAGUGUCGGCCGCUGCAACGAGGAUCAACCGUGAAGAGAAGGCCAAGGGAAGGACGACGAAUGAGACGAUUGAAGCUGGCCUACGACGCAUUGGGCUUUCUAAAAAGUAG